AUGGCCAGCCCCUUCGACCGUCGACCGAUUCAUGACUAUUUCAUCGCCUCUCCCCUCGUCGCACUCCUCUAUCCUGUUCACCAGGUGCUACUCCGUUUGCGAGGUCCUCCUCGAUUGCCGCCCCCAGAUGCCCAGCCAAUCCGAGUAGUCUGUAUCUCAGACACCCACACCCUCGAAUGGCCAGAGGUACCAGAGGGAGACCUGCUAAUCCACGCCGGCGAUUUAUCCAACGAUGGCUCAGUUCGUGAGAUCCAGGCCACAGUUGACUGGCUUCGCAGCCUCCCCCAUCCCCACAAGAUCGCUAUCGGUGGAAAUCAUGACAGCUACUUCGAUGUGCGGUCGCGCCUAGAGGAGGACCGUGACUCCAGUAGCUCCUUUGCGGCAGUUUCCUCUGCUGCCUCGAUUCACUCGCUCGAUUUGAACUCCCGCAUCGACUGGGGAGAUAUACACUACCUGCAACAUUCCGCAGUCACCCUCUCCUUCCAAGACACAUCCACACCCUCGCCAACCACCCCUCUGACAAGCUCCCGCUCACGUGCUCUAACCAUCUACGGCGCACCCCAAAUCCCAGCGAUCGUUCCCUUUGGCCCGGAACACGCCUUCACCUACCCUCCCCAACACGACGCCUGGUCCGGCACCGUGCCCCAAGAAACCGAUAUCCUAGUCACUCACACGCCACCCCAGUCCCAUCUGGACCUCUCUCCAAUCUUCUCCAUCGGCUGCCCCAAUCUGCUCGCAGAAUCAUGGCGCGUUCGUCCUGCCUUGCACGUCUUCGGCCAUGUCCAUCACUCCGCCGGUCAAGAGCCCAUCUUCUGGGAUGAAGCUCAGCGUGCAUGGGAGAGGUUAUGCGCGUCACGUCGCUGUCGGGCUCGUCUGGCUCGUCUGGCCUCGCUGGCUGGAUUCCUGCGCGACCUCUUCGACCUCACAGCGUGGGCGGAUGCCGCGCGGGUCGUUGGAUAUGGUAUCCUCGGCGUGGUUUGGGCUCAUAUCUGGGGCGGCGAGAACAGAGGUGGAGGGUGGAUGGUCAAUGCUGCCUGUAUGUAUGGUGAUUCUGGGAGGUUAAAAAAUCCACCCAGGGUGUUUAAUUUGUAA